CGUCUUUUCUUAAAACCAAACGAAACCCACAACCUGUUUCAGUAGUUAAGCAUCCCAACUUCCAAUCUUUCCAAUCCAGAGCUUAUAAACUGUGAAUAUGAUGGAAUCCCAGCACCCCUCUGGCGAUAUUGUUCCCACUGUUCAGAAUGUGAUAUCUACGGUUAACUUGGACUGCAAGUUAGACCUUCAUCGAAUCACUGCGCUAGCUCGAAACUCAGAAUUCAAUCCCAGACGUUUGCAUUCCGUGAUAAUGAGAGUGAGAGACCCAAAAGCCACAGUUUUGAUUUUCGCCUCCGGGAAAAUUGUGUGCACCGGUGCCAAAAACGAAGAGCUGUCUCAACUCGCAGCUAGGAAGUGUGCACGUACCAUCCUGAAGAUGGGUUUCAAUGCUAUGUUUAAGGACUUCAAGAUCCAGAACAUUGUUGCCAAGUGUGAUGUUAGAUUCCCGAUCAGGCUCGAAGGUCUUGCUUAUGCAAACCCAGAGGUUACAAGUUAUGAGCCGGAGUUUUUUCCAGGGCUGAUGUACCACAUGAAGGAGCCCAAGAUUACUCUUCUUGUAUUCGCGUCGGGAAAAGUUGUUAUCACAGGUGCAAAGUGCAGAGAAGACUUGCAUAAGGCCUUUGAGCUCAUAUACCCUGCCCUUAGAGAGUUUAGGAAAGUACACUAG